AUGAGUGAUUUCCGAACUUAUUCGCAUGAACUGCAAACAGUAUUUUUAGAAUGUUUUCGAAAUAAUCCUUGCCUUUGGAAAAUUAGAAGCAAUGAUUACAGAGACAAAAAUAUGAAGUUUCAAGCAUACAAUAAUUUAUUAGAAAUUAUACGUAAGGUGGAAAGAGAUGCUACCAUAGAUAACGUCGAGAAAAAAAUUAACUCAUUAAGGGCUGGGUACCGUAAAGAACAUAAAAAAGUGCGAGAUAGCAUGAGAACAGGUUCAGGAGCUGACCAGGUAUAUGUACCAAAAUUAUGGUACUUGCUUAUAGCUUGA